AGACAUAUUAGUUUUGAUUGACAUUAUACUAUAAUUUACUCCUAUGUUGUGUUCAGUAGUCGAUAUCGAACAAAAAAUAAUUUUAAAGCGUAGAAAAGAACCAACAGGUUGUGUUUUGAACGCGUCCGAAUGAAUUUACUUAUAUUUCAAAACAUAAUGAUUGCUAAAUUUAUUCUUUAGAAUUAGCGAAAGUUGCCAUACCAUUAUUACUAUUUCAACGAAAAAAUAUAUCUCACGAUACAAUUGAAGCCGACAUGUAUAGAUAACGGCGAAGUUUGAAUUCAACAAGCGACAUGCUACUCCCAACGUGUCCGAACGCAGCCGAGUAAACAAUCGCAACACAUGCAAAGGAGCAAAACACGGUCUUGCAAUGGCCCUUGUUGCAUACAGCGACGACAGCGACCUAGCCAGUGACUCGGAGGAUGUCGAGGAUCCCCCCAAAGCCACCGUGAACGGCGAGAGCAAGGCCAAACGGGCGUGGGGGAGCGGCGAGAAGGAGCGGGCCGUUCCCCCGACCGACCCCGAGCGCGACCCCAGGCCAGAGGCGACCCCGGGGGGCGGCGGCACGGGCGUGGCGAACCAGGGGGGCGGCGGCACGGGCGUCGAGGACAUCGUGGAUUUCGACGAGGAUGUCGCGACGCAGGCAAGAACUGGUCUGCUGGCUGCCAUUCCUCGUGCCAAGCCUAUCGCCGGCACUCUGGGGGCCAACAUACCCUUAGGUGAGGAGGUGGAUGAGGUGACGGAUGUGCCGACGGUGGACACCUGGAAGGUCACCCAGAAGAUGAAGGAGGAGGGCGGUGACGCGAAGAGCAGCAGUGCGUCCAGUGCAUCUGUUGCGAUUAAAAAGAAGAAGGAGAAGAAAAAAAUACAAUUCAUUAUUCCGUCCCUUUCUGAGUUUGCUGAGGAGGAGGAGGAGGAGGAAGAGAAAGAGAUACCUGAGCGCAAGAAGGUCCAACCCUCAUCUCUGGGAACAGGGCUCUUUGCAGUGUUGCCCGAGCCUAAAAAUUUGGCAGUGAAGGAGACCAAACGCUCACUCGUGCCCCACAUCCUCACCAAAAGACCUACUGAACCACCGCAAAAGAAGCCAAGAAAGGCGCCGAUGCAAGUUAGGCCUUUGGUGGAAGCAAAUGACUCUGAUGAAGAAGCAGAGGCGGGUGGGUCUUCUGAUUUCUUUUCGCUCUCGGAGACCGCACCUGAUCCAGCUACCCUGGGUAGAGCGGUCCCCUCAAUUACAACUGCACCUGACGUUGAGCCCCCAGUUUCUAGAACGCCUGCUUCUCAGAACCUGCCUGUAUCUGAAGACAGAGUCAAUGAACCUGUGGCAUCCUCUUAUGCAUACACAGACAAUACGUAUCAAACUCAUAAUGAGGAGCAGGACUUCUAUCCAGUUAGCGAGCAGCAGGAGCAGACCCCACAGCCAGCAUCCUUCGACCAUGAGGCAAUGCUGCGUCUGACAGGGAAGCGGCGCGGCAAGGGGGAGGCCAUCAACUUCAUCGAUGUGAGUGCGGACGAUGCCUUGCUCACACGGGACGAGUGGAUGACAAAGGCCCUGACAGAAGAGAAGCCAACGCAGAGCUUCAGCAAGAAGAGGGAGGGGAUGCCCUCGCAGAGAACGAAGCAGAAGCACCAGAUCACCUUCCUGGCUCACCAGGCCAAGGAGAGAGAGCUGGAACUCAAGAACAAUUGGGCUCAGAACCGAAUGACUAAAAUGCAGACCCAGGCGAAAUACGGCUUCUGAUUCCUCAUGUACAUUAUUGUAAAUAUUUAUUUUUCUAAAAACAAAGUGUCGGAUUUUGCCACAUGUGUUUGUAAAUUUACAUUGUUUUUAUUUAAUUUCUAAUGUCCUUUCCUAUCUCAUUUUCCGUGAAGUUUAUUUUUAAGAAAAUAUAUUUACGAUUUGUCACCUCCAGUCUUUUCUUCACCCAACUAAGAUUUAUGUAAUUGUGCUCAAUAAUAUGUAAAAUAAAGGUGCAAUGGGAGACUACUGAAUGACAAUGAAUAUUAAUUGAAAUUACAAUAAAAUAUUGAAUAAAAACUUAAUUUUGUAUUGCAAGGGAAUGUUGAGUAGCAAGUAACUUAUUGACUGCAUGGGAAUGGAUAUUCAACUUGAUUAAUAGUUGGUAUAAAAUGCUACUUUAGGAGGAGAAGGGGAUAGGUGAAGGCGCAAAGCUGGAAACUUAUUGCUUGGUCCAUUCAUUUGAAGUCAUAAAAAUGUUCUUGUUCACUUGUGUUGCUUCUGUUCAAAAGAUCUUUUUGUUUGUUUAAUGUUUUUAGUAAAUGAUUUGGUGUUUUAAGAAGAUUUCCUCAUUGUUACCAUAUUGAUGAUUAUUGUUAUUGGUAGAAAAACCCACAAUGUAAAACUAGAUUUAUUGAAAGUGAGACAACAGUUCUGGAAUCCACCUGGAUUCCAUCCUCAGGCCUGAGGAUAGAAUCCAGGUGGAUUCCGAAACUGUUGUCUCAAUUUCAAUAAAUCUAGUUUUACAUUGUGGGUUUUUCUACAAUAGUAUCAACAGUAGUAUCGGUAGAGUGUUUUCACUAUUCAUUAUUGUUAUUGCUAUUUUUGUAAUGUCAUUUGUUACUAUUGUAUCAAAAUCAUUACUAUUUUUAUCAUUAUUAUGAUCUUUUUAUUGUUACCA